AUGGACUGCGGUGGGUUGCUUGGACUCGGUGCCAUUGGGUGGAUUGCUAAUAAUCCUGAUAAUCUGAGUCGAGAAAUGGCUAUAGGGGCUUACGUCGUUUGCUCGCUAAUUGUUCUCUUUUCGUUCCUGGGAUGCUUUGCAGCAAUCAAAGAAUCAGUUUGCCUUACAGCUUUGUGCGCUGUUUUCCUACUUAUAUUGGCUAUAUUGCAAAUUAUAUCCACUUAUUCCGAUAUGGUUGAAUAUAAACGACGCGAUGGAAUAGUUGAUCAAGCAUGGAACCGUAAUGAAAUGGAUGCAUUGCAAACGGACCAUCAGUGCUGUGGCAAGGAUAGUCCACAAGAUUACAUACUCCUAAAUAAAUCAGUUCCAGCUAGCUGCUAUGUCAAUGGAAACACAGCAGAUGAGAAUUAUAUGUACACCGUCGGGUGCAGUGUCAAACUACAAUCCUAUUAUCAACACAACGAUAUUCGAUUUCUCGUUGUAUCCUGGAUACUAAUUGCAUUUGAAAUUUUAGGAUUUUUAUUAGCAGUAUUUUUAGUUAUUAAUUUCCGUAACAAACAGAGGCGAAUGCAAUUUUAAUUUGAGAAUGAUGGACAGCAGCAAAGUACAAGCCAUCUUGUUUGGGAAUUUUUUCAAAAUAAUACUUAAUAACAUAUUUUAAAUUUAAAUAUUUAAUAAGUUUUAAAAUUAAUUUAAUUGUGAUUUGCACGAGCUUUAAGUAAAUCACUGUGUAUGUAUGUUACUAUAUUUAUUAUUACUAGAAUCAUAGAGCUCAUUUAAAACUACUGGUAUUUCAUGUAAAAAAUGUGACUAAGUAUUUAAUUAAGUAAA